CUUGAACACAGAAUGUUUAUGUGAACAUCAAUCGGAUCAUGUCGGUCGGGAACCGGCUCCUGGAGACCGGCCACUACGCCUCCCAGCAGAUCCAGCAGAUCUCAAGUCAGCUGGAGCAGGAGUGGAAGGCCUUUGCUGCAGCACUGGACGAACGCAGCACCCUGCUGGAGAUGUCUGCCAGCUUCCACCAGAAAGCAGACCAGUACAUGAGUAAAGUGGAGCCAUGGUGUAAGGCAUGUGGUGAGGGAGAGCUGCCCUCUGAACUCCAAGAUCUGGAAGACACAAUCCACCAUCACCAGGGACUGUACGAGCACAUCACAACAGCAUACUCUGAGGUAAGCCAGGAUGGGAAGUCUCUUUUGGACAAACUACAGCGACCUUUGACACCAGGAAGUGCUGAUUCGUUGAUGGCAUCGGCUAACUACUCCAAGGCUGUACACCACGUCUUAGACAUCAUCCAUGAGGUGCUGCACCACCAGAGGCAGCUGGAAAACAUCUGGCAGCAUCGCAAAGUCCGCCUGCAUCAACGGCUGCAGCUGUGUGUCUUUCAGCAGGAUGUACAGCAAGUGCUCGACUGGAUAGAGAACCACGGUGAGGCCUUCCUCAGUAAACACACUGGUGUUGGGAAGUCUUUACACAGAGCCAGGGCUCUGCAGAAGAGACAUGAAGACUUUGAGGAAGUUGCACAGAACACCUACACCAAUGCUGACAAGUUGCUGGAGGCAGCAGAACAGCUGGCCCAGACCGGAGAGUGUGACCCAGAGGAAAUUUACCAGGCUGCCCAUCAGCUAGAAGAUCGCAUUCAGGACUUUGUGCGACGUGUUGAGCAACGUAAAGUCCUGCUGGACAUGUCUGUUGCCUUCCAUACUCACGUCAAAGAGCUGUGGACGUGGUUGGAGGAGCUUCAGAAGGAACUGCUGGAUGAUGUGUAUGCAGAGUCGGUGGAAGCAGUGCAGGACCUGAUCAAACGUUUCGGCCAGCAGCAGCAGACCACCCUGCAGGCUACAGUCAAUGUCAUCAAGGAGGGGGAGGACCUGAUACAACAGCUCAGAGACUCAGCCAUCUCAAGCAACAAGACUCCCCACAACAGCUCCAUGGCCCACAUCGAGAGUGUGCUGCAGCAGCUGGACGAGGCCCAGGGCCAGAUGGAGGAGCUUUUCCAAGAAAGGAAGAUCAAACUGGAGCUCUUCCUGCAGCUCCGCAUCUUUGAGAGGGACGCCAUUGAUAUCAUCUCAGACCUGGAAUCAUGGAACGAGGAAUUAUCCCAGCAGCUUAGUGAAUUUGACACAGAGGACCUACCACUGGCCGAGCAGAGGCUACAGCAUCAUGCAGACAAAGCGCUAACUAUGAACAACCUCACCUUUGACGUCAAGCACCAGGGUCAGGAGCUUCUGCAGUAUGUCACAGAAGUACAGGCAUCUGGUGUGGAGCUGUUGUGCGACAGGGAUGUGGACAUGGCCACAAGGGUCCAGGGCCUGCUGGAGUUUCUCCACGAGAAGCAGCAGGAGCUGGACUUGGCAGCAGAGCAGCACAGGAGACAUCUGGAGCAGUGUGUCCAAUUAAGGCAUCUGCAGGCUGAAGUGAAACAGGUGCUGGGUUGGAUCCGAAAUGGAGAGUCCAUGCUGAAUGCUGGUCUGAUCACAGCCAGUUCGUUACAGGAAGCUGAACAGCUGCAGAAGGAACAUGAACAAUUCCAACAUGCAAUUGAGAAAACCCAUCAGAGUGCACUGCAGGUGCAGCAGAAGGCUGAGGCCAUGCUCCAGGCAAACCACUACGACAUGGAUAUGAUCAGAGACUGUGCAGAAAAGGUGGCAGACCACUGGCAGCAGCUCAUGCUGAAAAUGGAGGACCGGCUGAAGCUGGUGAAUGCGUCUGUGGCUUUCUACAAGACCUCUGAGCAGGUGUGCAGUGUGUUAGAAAGCCUGGAGCAGGAGUAUAAGAGAGAAGAAGACUGGUGUGGCGGCGCAGAUAAACUCGGCCCUAACUGCGAGUCAGACCAUGUCACUCCCAUGAUCAGUAAACACCUGGAACAGAAAGAGGCCUUCCUCAAGGCCUGCACGUUAGCCAGACGCAAUGCUGAUGUCUUCUUGAAGUAUCUGCACAGAAACAGUGUCAACAUGCCCGGCAUGUUGUCCCACGUAAAAGCUCCGGAGACUCAGGUUAAGAACAUCUUGAAUGAGUUGCUGCAGAGAGAGAACAGAGUGCUCCACUUCUGGACCAUGAGGAAGCGCAGGCUGGACCAGUGCCAGCAAUAUGUGGUGUUUGAACGCAGCGCCAAGCAGGCCCUGGAGUGGAUCCAUGACACCGGGGAGUUUUACCUGUCCACACACACAUCCACCGGCUCCAGCAUUCACCACACACAGGAGCUGCUUAAAGAGCAUGAAGACUUCCAGAUCACAGCAAAGCAAACCAAAGAGCGGGUAAAGCUGUUGAUCCAGCUGGCGGAUGGGUUUUGUGACAAGGGCCACGCCCAUGCUCUGGAGAUAAAGAAAUGGGUGUCCUCAGUGGACAAGCGCUACAGGGACUUUUCUCUCCGCAUGGACAAAUAUCGAACCUGCCUGGAAACGGCGCUCGGCAUUUCUUCCGACUCCAACAAAGCUAGUAAAGGUCUGCAACUGGACAUUAUCCCAGCCAGUGCCCCAGGGUUAGAGGUCAAGCUGAGGGAUGCCGCCCAUGAACUCAACGAGGAGAAGCGGAAGUCAGCGCGAAGGAAAGAAUUUAUAAUGGCUGAGCUGAUUCAAACAGAGAAAACUUACGUCAGAGACCUACGGGAGUGUAUGGAUACGUACCUGUGGGAGAUGACCAGCGGAGUGGAGGAGAUUCCUCCUGGUAUUGUUAACAAGGAACACAUCAUCUUUGGAAACAUGCAGGACCUCUACGAGUUUCAUCACAAUAUCUUCCUGAAGGAGUUGGAGAAAUAUGAGCAGCUUCCAGAGGAUGUCGGCCAUUGUUUUGUGACUUGGGCUGAUAAGUUUCAGAUGUAUGUGAACUACUGUAAGAACAAGCCCGACUCCACUCAGCUCAUCCUGGAACAUGCUGGACCUUACUUUGAUGAAAUCCAGCAAAGGCAUCGGUUGGCCAACUCCAUCUCCUCCUACUUGAUCAAACCUGUCCAGAGAAUCACUAAAUACCAGCUGCUUCUCAAGGAGUUGUUGACAUGCUGUGAGGAGGGUAAAGGGGAGAUAAAGGACGGUCUUGAAGUCAUGCUCAGUGUCCCAAAGAGAGCCAAUGAUGCCAUGCACCUUUCUAUGCUGGAUGGGUUUGAUGGGAACAUCGACUCCCAAGGAGAGUUGAUACUUCAGGAUUCCUUCCAGGUAUGGGAUCCCAAGACUCUGAUCAGGAAGGGUCGAGACCGACACCUCUUCCUCUUUGAGAUGUCUCUGGUCUUCAGCAAAGAAGUCAAAGACUCCAACGGGCGCAGCAAGUACCUGUAUAAGAGCAAGCUCUUUACAUCAGAGCUUGGGGUGACAGAACAUGUGGAGGGAGAUCCUUGUAAGUUUGCCCUGUGGGUGGGCAGAACCCCGACCUCAGACAACAAGAUCGUCCUCAAGUCUUCAAGUAUUGAGAACAAGCAGGACUGGAUCAAACACAUCCGGGAGGUCAUCCAGGAGAGAACGGUGCACCUGCGCGGAGCUCUGAAGGAGCCCAUCCACAUCCCUAAAGCCACCACAGCUAAACACAAAGGCAGACGUAAUAUUUCCUUCAGGGAUGGAGAGGAUCUGGACAGCCAGGGAGACGCAAGCAGCCAACCGGAUACCAUCUCAAUCGCUUCACGAACAUCCCAAAAUACCCUGGACAGUGAUAAGCUUUCCGGUGGCUGUGAGUUGACGAUGGUGAUCCAUGACUUUCUGGCCAGCAGUGGAGGUGGCAGCGGGGAGCUGACGGUGCGGCAAGGCCAGACUGUGGAGGUUCUGGAGCGUCUCCACGACAAGCCGGACUGGGUCCUGGUGCGGACCACAGACCGCUCUCCGGCCCAGGAGGGCAUCGUGCCCUGCGCCAUGCUCUGCAUCGCUCACUCCAGGUCCUCCAUGGAGAUGGAGGGGCUCUUCAACCACAAAGACACCUUGUCUGUAUCCAGUAACGACGCCCUGCAGCCAGGCUCCAGCCACACCCUGGGUCAUCACAGCUCUCCAGGCCCCAAACGUCCUGGGAACACCUUGAGGAAGUGGCUCACCAGCCCCGUGCGGCGGCUGAGUUCUGGCAAAGCUGAUGGCCACGUCAAGAAACUCGCCCACAAGCACAAGAAGAACCGCGAUGGCACGAGGAAGAACAUGGACUCAAUGGCCGGCUCGCAGAAGGACUCUGACGACAACGCUGCAACGCCACAGGACGAGACACUGGAGGAACGUAUGCGUAAUGAGGGUCUGAGCAGUGGCACCCUGUCCAAGUCUUCCUCAUCAGGGAUGCAGAGCUGCGGUGAAGAGGAAGGAGAGGAAGGGGCCGAUGCUGUCCCUCUGCCUCCCCCAAUGGCCAUCCAGCAACACAGCCUGCUGCAGCCCGACUCUCAGGACGACAAGUCUGCUUCCCGUCUUUCCGCUCGUCCCAGCAGUUCAGAGACGCCCAGUGCUGCUGAGCUGGUCAGUGCCAUCGAAGAGCUGGUGAAGAGCAAGAUGUCACUGGAGGAUCGUCCCAGUUCUCUGUCAGUAGAGCAGGGCGACAGCAGCUCUCCUUCCCUCAACCCCUCCGACAACUCCCUCCUCUCCUCCUCCUCACCCAUCGAUGAGUUGGAUGAGCGCAAGUCUGGCUUCUUCAAGAGAAGACAUUAUGUGCUUCUGGAGCUGGUGGAGACUGAGAGAGACUAUGUCAGAGAUCUGGGAUCAGUAGUGGAGGGCUACAUGAGCAGAAUGAAAGAGGAAGGAGUUCCAGAUGACAUGAGAGGAAAAGACAAGAUUGUCUUUGGAAACAUCCAUCAGAUCUAUGACUGGCACAAAGAUCUUUUCCUGGGAGAGCUUGAGAAAUGUUUGGAGGAUCCUGACAGGCUGGCUCCUCUAUUCGUCAAACAGGAGCGGAGGUUACACAUGUACAUCGUGUACUGUCAGAACAAACCAAAAUCUGAGCAUGUUGUGUCAGAAUACAUUGACACUUACUUUGAAGACCUCAAGCAGCGAUUGGGCCACAGAUUGCAGAUCACUGACCUGCUUAUCAAACCAGUCCAACGUAUAAUGAAGUACCAGUUACUGCUGAAGGAUCUUCUUAAAAUGUCUAAGAAAGCUGGAGUGGAUACAAAAGAUCUGGAGAAAGCUGUGGAGGUUAUGUGCGUGGUCCCCAAGCGCUGCAAUGACAUGAUGAAUGUUGGGCGCCUUCAAGGCUUCGAUGGUAAAAUUGUGGCACAGGGCAGAUUGCUCCUACAAGACACCUUCAUGGUGUCGGACCAGGAUGGAGGACUUCUGUCCAGGAUGAAGGAGAGGAGAGUCUUCCUGUUUGAGCAGAUCGUCAUCUUCAGCGAGCCCAUAGACAAAAAGAAGGGCUUCUCUUCUCCCGGCUACCUCUUCAAGAACAACAUCAAGGUGAGCUGGUUGGGUUUAGAAGAAAAUGCAGAUGACCCCUGCAAGUUCACCCUCACAUCCAGAUCAUCUAGUGGAAACCUGGAGAGGUACACCCUGCAUUCAAUGAGCCCCGGGGUCAGUCAAGUCUGGAUCCACCAGGUCAGCCAGAUACUAGAGAACCAGCGGAACUUCCUCAAUGCUCUGACAUCCCCCAUAGAGUAUCAGAGGAACCAUGUGGGUGGUGGCGGGCCGGGCGGCCCACCCAGCAGUAGCAGCAGUUGCACUGGAGGCCUGCCAGGAGGCAGCAGCUCCAGCAUGGGAGGGGGAGGAGGUGGUGGUGGCUCUGGAGGAUCGGGGAGCAGCUCCUCCUCUCUGUGCGGCCCUCGCUCUCGACCCUCUCGCAUCCCCCAGCCAUCCUCACGCUUACCCCAGCCCGUCCACCACCACCAUUCCCCGGGCCCUGAGGGGCCCGACAGAUCAGCAGGUAUGUGGUCACCCUGCCACCCUCUGUCCCUCCCCUCUAACCCCUACCCAGACAGCCCCACAAAUGGAGAGGUGUUAGCCUCAGAGGUCCCAAAGAUGAGGAUGCUGGAUAGUCCUCAUGGAAAUAACAGCAAUAACAGUAACAGCCCAUCAGACAGCAUGGAUGGUAGUGUCAGACUGGGGGGUUUUGAAGAAACCCAGAAACAUCAAACAGCUGGUAUACCACAGAUGGCCGUAGCUCCUCUUAAUUUGAACCUAAAAAGCCCUCGAGCUGGGACAGUUUCUCCUCUGAUUUCACCCCAGUCCCCUGGAGGUGGAGGAAAGGAUGCAUUAGUCCCUUCUAGCCCAGCUCAUAAAGGCACCUCUUUCUGGGCUAUGGUCCCUUCUGUGCCCCCCUCUCCUGCCAGCCGGCCUGGCUCCUUCUCCUACCCCAGCGACUGUGGUGGAGGAGGGGACUCUUUGGGCAGAGGGAGCCACGGGAAGCCCUCUCAUCACCGCCACUCCACCCACAGUAAGGACAUAGACCGCAUGAGCACCUGCUCCUCCACCAGCGAGCAGUCCAUACACUCCAUCCAGAGCAACGGGAGUGAAAGCAGUAGCAGCAGCAGUGUGUCCACCAUGUUGGUGACCCAGGACUAUGUGGCAGUGAAGGAGGAUGAGAUCAGUGUGGUGCAGGGCGAGGUAGUUCAAAUGCUAGCCAGCAACCAGCAGAACAUGUUCCUGGUGUACCGGGCGUCCAAUGAGCACAGCCCUGCUGCUGAGGGCUGGAUCCCUGGCUAUGUAUUAGGACAUACCUCCACCUCCAUCACACCCGACCUCCCUGAAGGAACCAUCAAGAAAUCAUUAUCAUGGCAUACAGCGCUCCGUAUCCGCCGAAAGUCUGAAAAAAGAGACAAAGAGGGCAGGAAGAUGGAGAACGGAUACCGCAAGUCUCAGGAUGGCCUGGCCAACAAAGUCUCUGUCAAGCUUCUAAAUCCCAACUUCAUCCCUGAUGCUCCUCCAGAGUUCUUAGUCCCUGUUGGCGAUGUUGCGUGCGAGGGUGGUGACAGUGUUACUCUGAGGUGUAAAGUGUGCGGUCGACCCCGGGCCACCGUCACUUGGCGGGGACCUGACAACAACACUCUGAGCAACAAUGAACAGUACAACGUCACUUACAGUGAGACAGGAGAGGCCGCUCUCUGUAUCCUGGGAGCGUCUGUAGAGGACAGUGGUGUUUACACCUGUGUUGCCACAAAUGUAGCAGGCUCUGUCACCUCCUCCGGCAGCCUCAGGGUCUCAGGAACAGCUGACGACGGCAGUGAAGUCCUCUGGAAAAGCAGCUUUGCCUCCUACUACACAGAGAUCACUGAAUUAGGAAGGGGCAGGUUCUCAGUGACAAAGCGGUGUGACCAGAGAGGCAGUAAACGGACAAUUGCAGCAAAACACAUCAACAAGAAGCUGCUGCGUCGAGAGCAGGUGCUGCAUGAGGUCCGGCUGCUCCAGACUCUGGAUCAUCCCCACAUGGUGGGGCUGCUGGACACGUAUGAGACGGCCCACAGCUACGUUCUUGUGCUGGAGAUGGCAGACCAGGGACGUUUCCUUGACUACAUAGUGAGCUGGGGCAACCUGACGGAGGAGAAGGUGGCUCUCUACCUCAGAGAUAUUCUUGAAGCUCUCCACUACCUGCACAGCUGGAGGAUAGCACAUCUUGAUCUUAAACCGGAGAACAUCGUGGUGGAACAUGCGUCUUCCCAGCCGGUGAUCAAGCUGACAGACUUUGGUGAUGCAGUACAGCUGAACCCUCCCUCCUUCUACACCCACCCUCUCCUGGGGAGCCCAGAGUUCUCUGCUCCUGAGCUGAUCCUGGGUCAGCCUGCUUCACUGAUGUCCGACCUCUGGAGCUUAGGGGUGGUGACCUACGUUGUUCUGAGCGGUGCCUCUCCCUUCCUGGAUGAGAGUUUGGAGGAGACGUGUUUGAACAUCUGUCGUCUUGACUUCAGCUUCCCUGAGGACUACUUUCAGGGUGUGAGCGCUGCUGCCAGGGACUUUGUGUGCCUGCUGCUCCAGAGCGAGCCGGAGCGGCGCCCCCCCGCGGGGUCCUGCCUGCAGGAGCCCUGGCUGCAGCCCCGAGGCAUGAUGAACAGAGACACUGGUCACACCACCCUGAACCAUACACAGCCACCAGCGCUGCCACAGAAUCAUCAACAUCUGGACACCUCCAGACUCAUCGCCUUCAUCGAGAGACGGAAACACCAGAACGAUGUUCGGCCCAUCGCCACCGUUAAGGCCUUUCUUCACAGCCGGCUGCUCAACCACAUCUAACUCACGAGACAGCAACGUGUACUGUGGAUACACGUUCUGCUUUGUUGAGGACUUGAAGGAAUUCCUGCCUGUCCACAAAGCUUUGGAGGAUGAGUAACCUUUGUUGAGUUGAGCUGUUACUGAGAGGAACACCAGCAACAUUUCCACAAUGAUCCCCUUUUCCCUCACUACGCCACACAAAUCCUGCUGCUGCUGACUGACUGACCUCUGCUGAUAAACCCUCUGACUCUAACCCCAACCCCCCCUCCUUUACCUUGGCAUAUUGUCAUUAUGCCUGCACAACAAAUUAACUGUUGGAAUCUGUUUGAGAUUUCAAACCGUGACUUAGCAGGGAGAGAAACCCGAGCUUUCUCAACAAGCUUCCUCAGCAAGCUUGAGCAAGUCUUGCGUUGCGACCAGUGUUGAACGGAGAAAAUAGAAUACUGUAUAAUAAGAGUAAUUCAGGCUGCUUUCGGUUGAACACAAGAAAAUGUUUUUUUGUAAUGAGAGAUUACUUUUUGUAAAUGAAACCAUGUACAGUGAGUAAACAGAGAUCUGUCUUUAUUCAAACAAAGGUGAGUAGACGAGAGAAGUGGGAUGUGUGAACAAAGUGGAACCCAUCAGCAGGGUCCACUUAUUCUAAGAUGAAGACCAAAACCAUGUUUUCCAGAAACACAUUAUAGUUACAUUCAGUGCAAUAGUUUGCUUAUCUUUAUGCCCCCAUUCUGUCUGUGACAAUAAGAUAAACUCAAUUAACAAGUAUUAAACUAUUCGGCAUCGCCUCUCAGAAUUUUACCUGCAUCCGCCUUAUUUGUAAAUAACGUAUUCCUGCCUUUCAUUCUCAUUUUGAAGAAUUUGUCUCAAAGGAACAAAAGCGAUUUAAUUUGCAGAGUAUUAGUGAGUCCAUGCAGUUUUUGAGGUCACUCCUUGAGUCUGCAUUUUACUAUGAACAAACCGCUACUAGAAAUGCACUCGUAAUUUGCAUCAAUUCCCAUGUGCAAUGUUGCAGCUUUAACAUUUAUGCAACUAUUUAUGAAGACUUUGUGUUGUAGCCGUAUUCUUAAAAAGGCAUGUACGUACCUGGUACUGCGAUAGAUGUCUGUAUUGUGUUAACUCUUAUGUAUUAAGUUCAGUAUUAAUAUCUGCAAAAACCCCAGACAUGAGGCGGGUUUUUGGGAAAUAAUGUAUAAAAAUGUGUAUCUAUAAAAUAUAGGCACUUAUGCUUUAAUUUUCUCAUUAUUCUGUUUUUAAUUUCUGUAACAAUACCAAAGUUGACUCUGCUUUCUUUUCCCGCUAAAAUGUGUCUUUUUUAUGAUUUCUAAUGUUAAGUUAUAACAGACCACACUGAACCAGGACAUGUGAGUGUUUCCAUAGGUUCAGUCUGGAUUUAUUUAUUCUUUAUCGUAAUAAGAAAGUGUUUGGUGGUUUCUUGCUGAAAAAACGAAUAUUUCACUUUUUUCAAGCUGUGCACAGAGUAGUUUGCUGUGUGAGUUUGUUUGGCUUUUGUAGGUAGAUACUGGUGUAUGUUGCUCGAGUCUUUUUAGCAUAUCAGUUUGAAGUUGUAAGACACAAUAAGACACCAAGUAAUAUGUCUGGAAAAAUGUCUCACUGUGGCCCAUUCACCACAGACUUUAAAUUGUAUGAGAAUUAAUCAUUAAACUUUAAGGAGACGCCAGAGAUUGUACCAACAAAAGUUCAAAUGUAUCACUUUGAUAACUAUAAUUCGUCAUUGACAUGUUAUCUUCCAGUUAUUUUCAUUUGGUUGAGUUGAUGUCUUUGGGUUAUAAAGUUGUUGAAGUGCCAGUUGAUGGAGUCGAACUAGAGGUGGGUGAGACUAAAUAUGUGCAUUGUUUCUUAUUUUAUUUGAAGGUUUUAAGAGUUGCUGUCUGAUUUGAUGUUCAAGAAGUCAAAAAAAUGUUGAUUUUCUUUGGUCUGUACAGUCUAAGUAUCUCAUUCUGUGUCAUUCUAUUUAUUGGAGUGGAUCUAGGUUUCCCAAAAUCAUGCUGUUAAUCAGUUUAUCAAAUUCUCUUAAAGCCUAUUCAUGGAAGAAUAUGAUCUAAGUAGUAAAAUGCCUUUGGGAAACCCCCCCUAUACAUGAUGUAAAGAUGUACAGAGAGGGUCGGGCAGUUUGCCCACACCCAGGAUGUAAACCUCAUAGCUAUGUCAUAUUUUAAGUACACAUAGAACAAGACUGCAGCAAUGUCAUUUUGAAUGUCUUAUUAUUAAUUAUUUUUACUUUUGCAUGUAUAUUUCUUUGUACAGAAGAUUGUGUUUACAUGUUACUAAGUGUUGUAAAUAUUUUAUUUUGUCCUCGGUUAUUUUGCCAUUAAACGUACAAGGAACAAC